AUGUACAUCAAUAAGAAACCAUUUGUUUGUAAGACCUGUGAUCAAGCCUUUUCUGUCAAAGGUAGUCUACAGGUACAUGAAAGGGUGCAUACUGGAGAAAAACCAUUUGUUUGUGAGACCUGUGGUAAAGCCUUUCGUAAGCAAUGUCAUCUAAAAAUACAUGAAAGAAUACACAGCGGUGAGAAACCAUUUGUUUGUGAGACCUGUGGUAAAGCCUUUUCUGACAAAGGUUAUCUACGUAGACAUACAAAAAUACACACCGGUGUUAAACCAUAUGUUUGUGAGACCUGCGGUAAAGCCUUUUCUGCCAAAUGUCAUCUACAGGGACAUGAAAGGGUGCACACUGGAGAAAAACCAUUUGUUUGUGAGACCUGUGGUAAAGCCUUUUCUGUCAAAGGUAAUCUACAGAUACAUGAAAGGGUGCAUACUGGAGAAAGACCAUUUGUCUGUGAAAUCUGUGGUAAAGCCUGUUCUGGCAAGGGUGAUCUCAAUAGACAUGAAAGGGUGCACACUGGAGAAAAACCAUUUGUUUGUGAGACCUGUGGUAAAGCCUUUCUUGAGAAAUUUAAUCUAAAAAUACAUGAAAGAAGACACACCGGUGAAAAACCAUUUGUUAAUGAGACCUGUGGUGAAGCCUUUUCUGUCAAAGGUGAUCUAGAAAUACAUGAAAGAAUACACACCGGUGUUAAACCAUAUGUUUGUGAGACCUGCGGUAAAGCCUUUUCUGCCAAAUGUCAUCUACAGGGACAUGAAAGGGUGCACACUGGAGAAAAACCAUUUGUUUGUGAGACCUGUGGUAAAGCCUUUCCUGUCAAAGGCAGUCUACAUGUACAUGAAAGGGUGCAUACUGGAGAAAAACCUUUUGUUUGUGAAAUCUGUGGUAAAGCCUUUUCUAACCAGAAUGCACUCACUAGACAUGAAAGAAUGCACACCGGUGAAAAACCAUUUAUUUGUGAGACCUGCGGUAAAGCCUUUUCGUUCAGUUGUAGUCUAAGUAGACAUGAACGAAUUCACACUAAUGAGAAACCAUUUGUUUGUGAGACUUGCGGUAAAGCCUUUUCUAACACAGGUAAUCUACAUGUACAUGAAAGGCUACAUACUGGAGAAAAACCAUUUGUUUGGACGUGA